GGGUUUAAGUGGACCGUUCAAAACCCUAACCAACUAUUUGUGCUAUCUCACUCUCUCUCACUCCACCUCCGCGAAAAUGGAGCUGCAAUCCGCCACUGUUUUCGCUCUGAAUCAGUCUCCGCCUCCCCGUUUACGGAACUUGCAAUUUCUUCAGGUCAAACAUCGUCCAAAUCCUUGCGCCUUGUUCCAGCAGAUUCCCAGACUUCAAGUUCACCUCGAAUCUCUUUCGCAAUCUUUGAGGAGUGGAAUUUUGUUACGCCCUGCUAGCUUGAAUUCAUCAAGGCGAUUGAAUUUUCGUGUUGAUGCGAGAAAUCGGUCCGACGAACCAUAUCGUGGGAAAUCGGGCUCUGUUUCCUUCGGGGGAUUGAGUCACGAGUCGAUCGAGGAAGAUAAACUUGUUUCAUCGCCGUUCAAGGAAAAUACUGGCUCUCUACUUUGGAUACUGGCACCUCUUGCUCUUGUUUCGGCUGUGGUUGGUCCCCCAUUCUUCGUUGCUCCUGCUAUCUACGAAACUUUCAGGAAUGAGACCUUUGCAGAAAUUCUUUCAUCCUUUUCAACUGAGGCCAUCUUUUAUGUUGGGCUUACUAUUUUCCUGCAUGUGACCGAUCGUGUUCAAAAGCCAUAUCUCCAGUUUAGCCAAAAGAGAUGGAGUCUUAUCACAGGCCUACAGGGAUAUUUGGCAUCUACAUUUUUCACUACAGGCAUUAAGUUCAUCUUCCCCUUGUUUGCUCUUUAUGUUACUUGGCCAGCAGUUGGAUUAUCAUCACUAGUGGCAGUGGGUCCUUUCAUGCUUGGUAUAUUAGCACAAUUUGCUUUUGAGAGAAUAGUUGAACACAAUGGAUCAGCCUGCUGGCCUCUAGUACCGAUCAUGUUUGAGAUCUACAGGAUAUAUCAGUUGACAAGGGCUACCAGUUAUAUGGAGACAUUAUUAUUUGGGAUGAGGAAUGCUACUGUUACAAAUGCAGUUUUGAACAGGAGGCAAGCGUUGCUUUCCUUGAUCGUGGUUUUCCGCGUCCUCGGUGUUGUUUGUCUCUGGUCCUUACUAACAUUUUUACUGAGGCUUUUUCCAUCCAGGCCUGUUUCCGAGAACUAUUGACACAUAUAUACAUAAUUCUGAUACAUACAUCUAGCAAGGCAUUGUAGUGAUCAUAUUUCUUGAGAACCCCCGAAUUCUUUCAUUUUAAAAAAUAUUCUUUAAUCAGGGAAAAACAACUGGUGUUAUGGCAAAAUACAUCAAUUUUCUUGAUCAGCUGUUGCUUUUGGUGUUUUUGACUUAGACAGAAUAUGGCUCAGUUUUAUACAUAUGCGAAUCAAUAUUUCCACAGUAGGAUUUACAUUUCUUGCCACAACGCCACUGGUAAGUUAGAGUAAGUAACAAUUCUCUACCAAAAGUCUCUACAGGAGCACUUGCCAUCCUUGAAAUGAUGGAAUCUCUUAUUAUCUCUUACGAUGAAUUCUCGUUUCUCAAAGCUGGAUAAGAUCUUGAUGAAAUUGUGGCAGUCCCCGCAGAUUCUGAGGUUCUUUAUGACGCGCAAUGUGGUGCCUGGAGGUGUGCUGAUGAGGCCGUAAGCUAUAGCUAAUCUCUCGCUGUGAUAAAGCAGGGCUUUCUCUUUGGCCUCCUGGUCGAGAUCAUGGAGCACGUAGCGCGUAUCAGGUACAUAUCCAGCUUCCUUGGCCUCUUUGCUCAAUGACCUAAGCUUCUGAUACGCCAUGCUCGUAGGUUUCUUCUCGUCGGCUACUCUCUUGUUGUUAAUUGCCUUCUUCUUGUUCUUCAUCAUGUCCUGUUUUGGUUUCAGCUGCUGCUCUGUAAGUUGAGUUCUUGGCAGGGAUUCGGGGAUCGGCUCACAGGGCAUUUUUUUGCAACCUGUUUCAGCCGGGAUGGUCUCCGCUGGAUAAACUUUCGCUACCAGUUGAGUAAACACGUCAUAUUUUUCAAGAAAAUCCUUCUGCCGAAAUCAGGACAGAGAUAGAUAUUCAGGCACACAAGAGAGAAAGAGAGUAUAAGACACCAGACCAACAGCCUCUCUCUCUCUCUCUCUCUAUAUAUAUAUAUAUAUAUAGUUCAAACAACACAAGGUAGCAUGUAUGGAGGAACAAAACUACUUGCAAUGUCCUAUCUAUAGUCCCAAGUGUUUUGUCA